AUGGGAAUUCGAAUGGUGUUUGCUGCUAUUGCAGGAGAUUGGCAAUUUCUUCUCCCUUUAGCCGUCACUGUGGAUGACCGACUUUGGUGCUAUGCUAAUGCUGCUGUCCAGGCGAGGCUAAAUACUGCUCUUGGAAUUGAACAUCCGAUUUUUGCCCCUACAACAGUUGAAGGAAUAUUUGAAGCCAUAGCCACGUCGGAGCCUUCUCCAUAUUACAUCCUCAUGAGCUAUAUGAUGAGAGGUGCGUGGGAAGAGGCGGUCGAUUGGAUGUAUUCGUAUUGUCUGGACGUUGAAAAGAAGCCGGGAGCAAAAGUACAGUCGCUGUACCGUUUUUUCGGUCUUGUCACAAGUGUAUGCCGUAUUUUGAAAAACGAGCAUGAUGAGAAUCAUGGCAAAAAUCUUGUCGGCCGUAUGAUUGACGUUUUGCUCCAGAAGCAGGUGUUUAGCCUGAUUCCGUUUUAUGCGGCGCUUUUGCCGAAAGAUGACGCUCUGAAGCGUAUUUGGGAUGUAAUGCCACACGUGAAAACCGACGCUGAUCGCAUAGCGUUCAUUGCGGCUCUCAACGAUGCUGGCUUCGAUGGCGAGCACAUUGCUUUUGAGUUUGGUAAAUUCCGCGUCGUGGAAAUGGUUGACCAUGGCGAUCUUCUGCGCUGGAUAUACGCCUGUGGCGACAAGAAGCUUUUGAAUGCCAUCGCCGAAACCAAUGGUGUUCUGCGCUAUUAUUUGCUAGGUGAUAUGGAAGAUGAGGCGAGCGCUCUGAUCGAUAGGUGUGAGCAGUUGAAAUUGGUGGAUCGCCUUGCUGCACUGGUAAAGAAUGAGAACAGUGAUGAAACGUCACAAUGGGCAACUACAGCGGGUAUUGCUAUUGACGAGUACAACAAUCACUGCUUAUACUUGAACGCUCAAGCUCAUUCUACCAAUUUUGCCGUGGAAUGUGCAAGGGCCCAUGAAGCUGCGCGAAGGAAAGCCGAAGAUGAACUUGAAUGUGAUGAAUGGUCUCGCCAAGGUGAUCUAGUAGGGUUGUCGCAGCGAACUGCUCGCGCUGAGCACAACCAGACACUUGUUGAACGCUCCAAGCUGGCCCUCGAUGCGUGCAAAGCGGACUGGGGCGCAUCAGAAACAGCUGAAGGGCCAUCUGCAUGA